AUGUUAAAGAAACUUAUUGAAGCUGCUGAAAAGGGAAGAGUAGAAGAAUUGAAACUUUGCCUAGUGAAUGGAGCUAACAUUGAUUAUCAAAAGAGAGAUGGAUGGACAGCAUUAAUGUAUGCUGCCAAUGGAGGACAUGUGGAAGUGUGUCGACUUCUCCUGGAGAACAGAUGUAAAACAGAUAUCACAAAUGAGUUAGGACGGACAGCAUUAAUGUGGGCUGCCAGUAAAGGACAUGUGGAAGUGUGUCGACUUCUCCUGGAGAACAGAUGUAACAAAGAUAUCACAGAUGCUGGUGGAUACACAGCAUUAAUGUUUGCUGCCAUUGUAGGACGUGUGGAAGUGUGUCAACUUCUCCUGGAGAACAGAUGUAACAAAGAUAUCACAACAGAUGCUGGAUGGACAGCAUUAAUGUGGGCUGCCGUGGGAGGACAUGUGGAUGUGUGUCAACUUCUCCUGGAGAACAGAUGUAAACAAGAUAUCACAGAUGGUAGGGGAUGGACAGCAUUAAUGUGGGCUGCCAGUGGAGGACAUGUGGAAGUGUGUCGACUUCUCCUGGAGAACAAACGUGACAAAGAUAUCACAGAUAUAGAUGGAAGAACAGCUUUACAUCUGGCUGCUGCGAGGGGACGUCUACAGGUCACAAGAUGUCUUGUAGAAGAAGGAGAUAUCAGUCCCUUGGUUAAAACACAUCAGGGUAAGACUCCAUACGAUCUGGCAGCAGCAGGAGUAUUCGGCCCGCAUAAAGAAGUGAUGGAAUACUUACAGACUGUCAUGUCAGAGAAAUCUUCAGGCGUGAAUGCUGGAAUAGGAAUAGAAGAUGAAGUUCCAACUGAAAUAAGAUUAAUGACAGACAAGAGAUCUGUCGAAUUGUACCUUAAAUUACUUGAGUCAGGCUCUGAGAAAAAGAGAGGCAUACGUUUAGUAGUAGUUGGAAAGAAAGGGGCGGGAAAGACUUCAUUGAUUAAAAGAUUGUUUGGUGAAGAUAAUACAGAUGUUACCAGUACAAAUGGAAUAGAAAUUCAUAAAAUAAAAUGCAAAGCAAUGUCUGAUGAUGGAAUAUGGAAUAAAUUAGAUGGAAACUAUGAAGAAACUGAAAUUCAUGCAAGACUAUUGAAAGAAUACGAGGAAAAACUUCAGGACAAAGGAACAAUAGAGCAACCAGUAGCAUCCCACAUUGCUAUUAAGGACAACACACCAGCAACAAGUUUUGAUGAAUCAAAGAAAUCAGGGACAGUAUAUCAGCAGCCUAAAAUAAUGACACCUCUAGUAACCACUGAAUCUCAAGUUGAACCUCCAGUAACCUCGCAGCAACCAAACCAAUCAUUAGAACAGGCAAAAAAGGAUAUUGAAACCAUGCUUAAAUCUAAUGUAGAUUUACAUGACAAACAGAAGUAUGCCACAAUAUUUUUGUGGGAUUUUGCAGGAGAUGAAGAAUUUUACCAUACACAUCAAACCUUUUUAUCCCCAGAUGCAAUUUAUCUUGUUGUUACAAAACUCAAUGAGGCUGGCGACAAAGAAGCACAAGAUUUAUUCCAAUUGUGGAUGGAUUCUAUACAUUGUUACAGUAGACUGGAAAAGGAUGGACAUAAAUCUGAUGUCAUCGAGAAAACAUCAGAUGAUCUUGAUCCACCGAUAGUUAUUGUUGGCACUUGGAAAGAUGCUUUGAUCUCUGAUGUACAAGAGGUAUUGAAAAUUGCCAAUUUUGUCAGAUGUUAG